GCCAUCCUGACUAUUCUCGCCUCCGUGUGUUUGGUUGUCUCUGUUUUGUACUUUUGCCUAAACGUGAACGUACAAAAUUAACUUCUAAAACUGCCAAAUGUGCUUUUCUGGGGUAUAGUGAUGUGCAUAAGGGUUAUUUGUGUUAUGAUUCCUCAGCUCAACGCAUUCGCAUUGCAUGUUCGGUAGUCUUUUUUGAAAAUCUUAUGUAUUUCCCUGAGUCCUCCGAGUCCAAUUUUUCUUUUCCUGGAUCGACUUCUUCGCUGCCCAUGUUCUUCGAUGAUAAUGAUGAUCCAGGUGAUGCUCCCCAUUCUCCUGAUCCGCCUUCCCUGUAUCAGUCCUCCCCGGCCCCUUCCUCUUCUCACGGCAGCACGUCAUCACCAGUGUCAUCCCCUCUUAAUGCGCCAUCUUCAAGUGCCACUUCAGGGAGUGCUUCUUCGCAUCCUGCUCCCCGCCAAUUUGACCGAAUUACCAAGGGGGUUCCUCCUGUUCGAUACCAAGACUAUGUAGCUCAUGGAGUCUCUAAUUAUCUUGUUCCAACAAGAUACAAGCAAGCUCAAGGUGAUCCUUUAUGGGAGGCGGCCAUGCAAACUGAGUUUGAUGCUCUCCAUGCUAAUCAAACUUGGACUGUGGUUGAUCGUCCUCCUCCAUCUGUACCGGUUAUUGGGAAUCGUUGGGUCUAUGCUCUCAAGAUGUUUCCCGAUGGAUCUAUUGAACGACAUCGAGCUCGGGUUGUAGCUUUGGGGUAUACACAGGAAUAUGGCAUUGAUUAUGGCGAAACAUUUGCUCCGGUUGCCAAGAUGACGACUGUUCGGACACUAAUCGCAGUUGCAGCACAGAAGAAUUGGCCAUUGUUUCAAAUGGAUGUCAAGAAUGCUUUUCUUCACGGGGAUUUAGAGGAGGUGAUUUAUAUGGAACGCCUACCAGGUUACAAUGUUGGUAAGCCCGGUCAGGUAUGCUUACUACAUCGAUCUCUAUAUGGAUUAAAGCAGGCUCCUCGUGCAUGGUUUGCAAAAUUCCAGUCUACCAUUCGCAGUAUGGGUUACUCUCAAAGUCUAAACGAUCCUUCCUUAUUUAUUCGGUCUACACCUCACGGUCUGGUUCUUCUGUUGUUAUAUGUUGAUGACAUGAUCAUCUCUAGUACUGAUUCUGCCGGUAUUCAAAAGCCUAAAGAUGGAUUAAGCUCUGCUUUUCGUAUCAAGGAUCUAGGAGAACUUUCUUUCUUCUUGGGAUUGGAAGUUUCUCGCAAUUCUACAGGGAUUUUACUCAGCCAACGGAAAUAUAUUGGGGACCUUCUCGAUGAUCAUAACUUCAGCGAGUGUCAUCCGGUCUCUACCCCUAUGGAAUUGAAUCUAAAGCUCAGUUCUCAGUCGGGUGCUCAGUUAGCAGAUGGAAGGCAGUAUCGCAGCAUUGUUGGGAGCUUAAUCUAUCUGUCAGCUACUCGUUCUGACAUAUCUUAUGCUGUACAGAUUGUCAGUCAGUUCAUGGCUAAUCCGACUGUUGAUCAUCUCGCUGUUGUUCACAGAAUUCUUCGGUAUCUUAAAGGUACCCAAGAUCUGGGGAUUCAUUUCCCAAUCGGCGGCCCAGCCAAACUGAGCGCAUACUCUGACUCCGAUUAUGCCGGCUGUAUUGACACUCGUAGGUCCACUUCUGGAUGGUGUGUUCGAUUUGGCGAGGCAUUUAUUUCCUGGCGAUGCAAGAAGCAAGACAAAGUGUCCAAAUCUUCCACCGAGGCAGAAUAUCGGUCCAUGUCUGAGGUAGUUUCAGAACUUGAAUGGCUCCAUCGUUUACUCAAAGAUUUUAGUGUACACUCGGCACUUCCCAUGGACUUAUUUGUGGACAACAUGAGUGUUGUUCGCAUUGCUGUUAAUCCAGUUCUUGAUGAUAGGACUAAGCACAUUGAAGUCCAUGUUCAUUACGUCCGUGAUCUGGUUCAUGAUGGUACUAUUCAGUUGCACUAUGUUCGCACCAGUGAUCAGCUUGCCGAUCUCCUCACGAAGGCCUUCCCUGCUCAACGUCAUCGAUUUCUCAGUGACAAAUUGCUGCUUCUCGACCGGCAUCAAUUUGGGGGAGGCUGUUAAGAGAGCUGUAUCUCUCUUUGUUAUUAAUGGGCUUUAAGAGUUGAUUAGCCCAUAAUUGUCAUGCAACCCAUGCACGGUUAGAAUGUUGAUUGUAAGACCUAACCUAGGGCAUAUAUAUAUUCGUUGUACAGCUAGAGGAGAGGCACUGAUUUUCGGCUGCUCUCUUCUGAACAUUUUCAGUCUAGUGAAACCUCUAUUGAAGAGCCCUAGCUCUUCCGUGGAUUAGUCCUGGAAUUCCAGGGAUACCACGUUAAAUCGAUCUGUUCAUUUACUGCAUUUGUGAGAUUUGAUUUGUUAAUAGGUCCACCAUCACUAUUGAUGCCUCUCGCCCUCUUCACCUCUUUGAUAACACCAUAAAUACACAUAUUUAUUCCCUCGUUUCUUGAUCGUUUGAGAUCGAGUUCUUGCAUUUUAAGCCGAUUUUAGACUAGGUUGUGACUAUUUUUUUUAUAUUUCAGGUUUUAGAACUCGAAAGAAGAUUUAGGAUCAAGUUUCGGGACAUUUGGAGAACGAAUGGGACUUGGAGGAUGAGAAACUGAAUUCCACGAUCUUGGAAGGUUGUUCCACGACCGUGGAUCUUCAGUAACAACCGUGGAACAGAAACAAAAAGUUCCACGGCCUGACGAAUGUCAUUCCACAAACGUGAAAUAAGAGAUGUGACCGUGAAAGUCACCAUGUGCAACUCAAGUCAAACAAUGUAUUUUGAUGUUACACGGCCAGGAAAUCCCAUUCCACGGCCGUGGAACAUGACCCGGGAAAUGCAAGUUGCGGGUAUAAAUUGGAUUUUUGGGC